AUGCCAAAAAUCCGGAAACUGGCUAUCCAACGACGCUUUAACAAGUUUUUCUUAGAAAUAACUUCUUUACUUUUUUCGUUACAUCUGCUUUCAGAAACCAAUGCUUGUUUUACUUCCUCUAAUUUUCCUACUAUUUUCUUUUACUGUUUCCACUUCCGGCUUUGGACUUUCGGUAUCGUUUACUACGUCGUCCUGUACCGUGCUCUUCCGUUUUGUGAAAUCAAAAAAGAAAAAAAAGUAAAGAUCGUCAGCUAUGGAUUUUGA